CCGCGAUCAAUCAUCAACGCGGUCUUGAACAGACCAGGAACAGACUCCCACUAGUCGACGCCAAUAUCUACCCUCGAAUCCCAGUUCCAGGCAUGCGGAGUCUUCCAUUUCUCCGCUUUCUUCGACUCUCCCGACCCUUCACCACCAACACCAUGCCUCGUCUGAACCCUGCCUCCGAGGCGGCCAUUGAGCGUCUCCGCACAUUUCGGCCCCCGCCCACCAGCUACGAUCUGGUACCGCUGUCUCGUCGCGCAGCGGUCCUGCUCCUGCUGUAUGCUGACCCGCAAGGCGACCUGCGCGUUGUAUUGACCAUUCGGGCCAAGACGUUGAGUUCAUACGCCGGCCAAGCAGCCCUCCCCGGCGGCCGCGCCGACAGCCUCACGGAAACACCCUUCCAAACAGCCCGCCGCGAAGCCCACGAGGAGAUCGGCCUCCCCGACAACGACGCUCUCCUCCCGCGGCCUUUCCGCGUCGAGCACAUAUGCGAGAUUCCGUCCAGUCUCGCUCGCACGGAGCUCGUCGUGCGCCCCUGUGUGGCGCUACUGCAUGCUGUUGACCCUGUCACGGGCGAGACUACUGACCCUGAGGAGACGCUCAUCCCGCGGCUGGAUGCGCGCGAAGUUGCUGCUGUGUUUACGGCGCCUUUUGCGCAGUUCUUGCGCGCGACGGACGAUCCACGCUGGGGGAGUGACAAUCCUACUGAGUGGUAUCAAGGGGCGUGGACGGAGUGGCAUCGGGAGAAUUGGCGAAUGCACCAAUUCUUCGUCCCCAUCGACCCCAAAACAGUCGUCAAGCCGCGCUCCUCCAACCAAGCACAGCAAGAAGCAGCCUCCGCACUCGAGGAGAAAGAGCGCUCGGGAGCCGUCACGCGGUACCGAGUUUUCGGGAUGACGGCGCGCAUCUUGGUGGACGUGGCGCGGCUGGCGUACGCACGGGAGCCCGAAUUCGAGCACAACAGCCACUUCGGGGACGAGCGGCUGAUUGCGCAGCUGCGGGAGAUGGGGCGGCUGAGUCCGGCUCGGAAACGGGGAGAUGAGCUGACGAGGGAGGAUUUGGAGAUGGCGAGUCAGGUGGGGAUGAGGAGUGAGAAGUCGAAGCUGAGUUAG